UUACUUCACCCCCUUUAACUCCACACAUCACGACGAAAGUUUAGGUUCAAAGUCUGGGUCCAAAAUUAUUUAAUUAGUGAAUAGUUCUGUUCGUUUUUUUUACUUUUGUUAAUAAAUAAAUUUUUCCACGAUGUCUAACAGUAAGAUAUUAAAUGCACUGAAGAUCUUAAGAACCCGGAAGGACAUGAAAUAUUUAACUGGUGUACAGAGUAGAAACUAUGCGGCAGCUAAUUUGGUUCAUACAAAAUGCAAAAUUGUCAAUGGAGUUUAUGUUAUUACACUUGAUUCUCCUAACACUAAGGUGAAUUCCUUGAACACUGCUGUAAUGGAUGAGGUGAAUGAAGUCCUCAAUGAGCUGGACUCCAACCCUUCCAUUCAAGCAGCAGUCCUCAUAUCUGGCAAGCCAGGCUGCUUUAUUGCUGGUGCUGAUAUUACUAUGUUAGAGAAAUGCACAACCAAAGAUGAAUUUGUCACUCUGUCUAAGAAUGGUCACAGAAUUUUCCAUAGAAUGGAAAAGUCACGUAAACCAAUCAUCGCUGCCAUACAAGGCAGUUGUCUGGGAGGUGGCUUAGAGACAGCUCUUGCUUGUCAUUACCGUAUUGCUGUUAAGGAUGGCAAGACUGGCUUCGGACUCCCUGAGGUCAUGUUGGGUCUUCUCCCUGGUGGAGGUGGCACACAAAGAAUGCCAGUACUUACAUCAGUACCUACGACUUUGGACCUAGCUUUGACUGGCAAGACUGUUAAGGCCGAUAAAGCUAAGAAGUUGGGAAUAGUUGACCUGUUAGUCUCGCCUCUUGGCCCAGGCUUAACCAAACCAGAAGACGCGACAAUGCAAUACUUAGAAAGAGUGGCAAUUCAAGUUGCCGGAGACAUUGCUGCAGGUAAAAUUAAAGUAGACCGAUCAAAGAAGGGAUUAAUCGAAAAAAUUACUGCUAGUGUCAUGCAGAUUGAUUAUGUAAAGAAUAUGAUCUUCACAAAAGCCAAGGAACAGGUCAUGAAGGCAUCCCGUGGACUCUACCCAGCACCAUUGAAAAUUCUUGAAGUUGUAAGGACAGGUGUCGACAAAGGCCCUGUUGCUGGAUACGAAGCUGAAGCACAAGGUUUUGGUGAACUGGCCGUCACUCCUCAGAGCAGAGGUCUUAUUGGCCUGUUCAGAGGACAAACCGAAUGUAAGAAAAACAGGUUUGGCAAGUCCAAAGUAGAUGUCAAGACGAUUGGUGUACUCGGCGCUGGUCUUAUGGGCGCUGGUAUUGUGCAAGUAUCUGUGAACAAAGGCUACAACGUGAUCAUGAAGGACGCUACCAACCAAGGUCUCUUCAGGGGUGUAGGACAAGUACAGAAUGGACUUGCUACUGCCGUUAAGCGAAAGAGGAUGUCGGGCCUGCAGAGAGACAAGUUCCUAUCCAACUUAUUGCCCACUCUGGACUACGCUCAUUUCAAGAAUGCUGAUUGCGUCAUCGAAGCUGUCUUUGAAGACUUGAGCAUUAAGCACAAAGUCAUCAAGGAACUGGAAGCUGUUAUACCCAAGCACGCCAUCCUCGCUACAAACACCAGUGCUAUUCCUAUUACGAAGAUCGCUGCUGGCAGCAGCCGCCCCGACAAAGUUAUUGGCAUGCACUACUUCUCGCCCGUGGACAAGAUGCAGCUGCUGGAGAUCAUCCGUCACCCGGGCACCAGCGACGACACGGCGGCGGCGGCCGUGGCCGUGGGGCUCAAGCAGGGGAAGGUCGUCAUCACCGUCGGAGACGGGCCCGGCUUCUAUACCACCAGGAUCCUCUCCACCAUGUUGAGCGAGGCUGUCAGGUUGUUACAAGAAGGUGUUGACCCCAAGACUCUUGAUGGGCUCACCCGGGACUUUGGUUUCCCAGUCGGUGCCGUCACUCUGGCUGAUGAAGUCGGUAUUGAUGUCGGUUCCCACAUUUCCGUUGACUUAUCUAAGGCCUUCGGCGACCGCUUCAGUGGAGGCAACGAAGAGAUCUUGCCCGCGUUAGUCAAGCUCGGAUUCCUGGGCAGGAAGUCAGGCAAGGGCUUCUACGUCUAUGAGAAGGGAUCAAAGAGCAAGGAAGUGAACUCCGAUGCCGUCAACCUGCUGAAGGAAAGGUUCUCGUUGGAGCCACGCGGCGCCAACACCGCUGAGGACCAGCAAUUGAGAAUGGUGUCUAGAUUCGUAAACGAGGCUGUUCUGUCACUGGAGGAGAAGAUUCUUCACAGCCCGCUGGAGGGUGAUGUCGGUGCCGUAUUCGGUCUUGGAUUCCCGCCAUUCACCGGAGGACCUUUCAGAUGGGUGGACCAAUUCGGCGCUGACAGGCUGGUAAAGAAGAUGGAAGAAUUCCAGGGCCUGUACGGAGCUCCCUUCAAGCCCGCCCAGACUCUGGUCGACAUGGCCAGGGACGGCAAGAAGUUCUACAACAACUAAACCAAAAUA